AUGAGUUCAUUUGUCAGUCGUCGUACAAAUGUAAAAAUAGCAGUAGGAGCUUUAGUAUGCGAGGAAAGUAUAUUAAAAGGGGACAUUACUAUUGGACCAAAAACUAUAAUUCAUCCAAGAGCAAGUAUCAUUGCAGAAGCUGGACCGAUCAUAAUAGGUGAAGGAAACAUUAUAGAAGAAAUGGCAACUAUAGCAAAUAGGUUACCACCAGAUGCUCCAGAACCAGCAACAAUUCCCGUACAAAUAAUAGGCAGUUAUAAUGUAUUUGAGACUGAUUGUACUUGUGAAGCAUUUAAAGUUGGAGAUAAUAAUAUUUUAGAAAGCAAAGCACAUGUGAGUCGAGAAAUUGAACUAACCAAUGGUUGUAUUAUUGGAGCAUCGUGUUCAUUAACAGAACCAGAUAUAAUACCUGAAAAUACUAUAAUUUAUGGUAAUGAUUGUCAACGUAGAGAAAUGCACGAUAAACCAUAUCCUCCAAUAAGUCAAAUAGAAUUUUUAUUAAAAAUUUUACCAAGCUACCAUCAUAUUCGUAAAGCUAAUGUAAAGCCAAAUAAAAAUGAAGGAGGAAUAUAAUUUACUGCAUUACUAGGUAAAUUAUUUAUAUAUAUAUGAUUUAUCAAUGCAAAAAAUAUUUAUAUUCGGUUUUAAACUUAUUUUGCUAAAUGUUUAUUACAUUAAAAUUCGUAGAUAAAAUCUAAUUUUUUUUA